GCCCUGGCGGGAGUGGGUGGCGCCCUGGCGAGAGGUGCCAGGAAUGGGGCCCGCCAGCUGGCUGGGGCUCUCCUGCGGCCGCGGCCGCGUCCCUCCCCUGGGCCCAUGGCAGCAGCUUCCUUGGCGCCCCGUUGCAGGCGGAGCGGCUGCGGCACCUGGGUGCGCUGGGCCACGGGCGGCGCCGGCGGGGAGCGCUCUGAGCAGCCGAGCCGGCCGGGCAGCGAGGAGCUGCUGACGGGGGCGGAGAAGCGGAUCGUGGCGCUGCACUGCGAGGCCUGCGCGGCUGGCCUGCAGAACUAUGUGGAUCCAGUUACUGGCUAUUUAGUGUUCACCAAAGUUGCCCACUUACAGAGAGGAAGAUGCUGUGGUUCUGCAUGCAGACAUUGUCCAUAUGAUCAAGCUAACGUAAAAGACCCGUCCAAAAAGAAGCGGUUCAAUUCAUUUUUUUAUACCUGACCAUCAGUGCGUUUGCCAUCUACGAUGGAAACUGCAGAAACCUAAGCCAGAAUCAGUUCUUUGUGGCUUCGAGUGCAUGAAAAUUGGCAUUCCUUUUAUCGAUCCUGGGUUAUUUGAAUACAUUUCAAUUGUAAUAAAAACCAAGCUAAACUGUG